AUGGGAAGUGAAGCAUCGCUGGUUGGGGGAGGUAACCCAAAAAAUAUCGGACCAUUUUUCACGUCAACGACCUUGGUCUUCAGACAAGUCCCCACCAACAUUGGAAAUGCCUGCAACCCAACCACAGAACGAGCCCAGCUGAAGGCUGAAGUGGACAAGAUGAAGACUGAAAUGGACAAGAUGAAGGAACAACCGCCAGCUACAUAUUGGACCUGUUCCCUCGGACACUCCCCUGAUCUACAGACACGUCCCACCAACAUCGGAAACGCCUACAACCCAACCACAGGUGUGUUCACUGCCCCGGUGAGAGGAGCGUACCACUUUGAGUUUCAUAUCAAUUCAGCAAACAGCCGCAGUACAGCAGCUUUCCUGGUCAAGAACUCAGAGAAUGUUUUUGCGGCACACGAGUCCCAGCCGGCCCAUUUCAUGAGUUCUUCUAACGGCGUCACCCUGCUGCUGGAGGUGGGAGACAAGGUGUUUGUGCGUCUGGCGGCUACAAGUCAUGUGUUUGACAACUUCAAUCACCACACCACCUUCAGUGGACACCUGCUGUUCCCCAUGUGAGACAGACACAGCAGCUCUGUGACAGGUUGUUGUUGUCU